GAUGUCAAGUAAAUCUGACAAAAGUCAGAAAUUCUAAUCAAAAAGCAUUCAAAUUUGAUUCAAAUACUUAAAUACGCGAAACAAAGAGCUAUUACAACACUACGCAAAAUAUAUGUAAUACCAAAAGAAAAUGAUGAAGUUAUUUUCGAAAAUAUUGCGGGGUUAUAAAAUAUUUAAACACGAUAGUAUAUUAGUACGAGGACAAGCUACUCAAGAGGUGGACAUAUUUAUCAACGGUAAACCAGUUAAAGUACCGAGUUACUUUACUGCACUACAAGCUUUACGCCGAGAGAAAGUGACCGUACCAUCAUUUUGUUACCAUGAAAGGUUGUCCAUCGCGGGUAACUGUCGUAUGUGUUUAAUCGAACUGGAAGGCAUGCCGAAACCUCAAAUUGCAUGUGCCAUGCCGGUAUCGAAGAACAUGAAGAUACGCACAAAUUCCCAAAUGACACUAAAAGCUCAGGAAGGAGUUUUAGAAUUUCUGCUCAUCAAUCAUCCCCUCGACUGUCCAAUUUGUGAUCAAGGGGGCGAAUGUGACCUUCAAGAUUUGUCAAUGAGGUUUGGUAACGACCGCUCCAGGUUCACGGACUUACAUUUCCAAGGGAAGAGGGCCUCCGAAAAUAAAGAUUUGGGACCUCUUAUCCGUACCGAAAUGACUCGUUGCAUUCAUUGCACUAGAUGUAUUAGAUUCGCUUCGCAAGUCUGUGGAAUGGAUGUACUGGGGACUACAGGACGUGGUAAUGAUAUGCUUGUAGGGACAUACGUUGACAAAAUGUUUCUUUCCGAAUUGUCCGGGAAUAUUAUAGAUUUAUGCCCAGUAGGUGCUCUAACUGCUAUACCGUAUAUGUUUAAAGCCAGACCUUGGGAGGUGAAGAGAACUAAUUCUAUUGAUGUUACUGAUGCAACUGGCACGAAUAUAGAAGUGAAUCAUAGGUUUGAUAGAGUUUUACGGGUGCUACCUCGUGAACAUGAUGAAAUUAACCAAGAAUGGGUGUCAGAUAAAGGGCGGUGGGCAAUAGACUCUCUUGAAAUGCAGAGACUUGUAACGCCUAUGCAAAGAGUUGGGGCUAAUCUUUGUCCUUUAGAUUGGGACACUGCACUUAAAAUUGCUGUAGAUUUAAUUAAAUCUCCUUGUCCGUCUAAUAUAAUGGCUAUAGCGGGGCCACACUGUAAUGUUGAAACUUUGGUAACCGCUAAAGAUUUUUUAAAUAUGCUCGGAUCAGAACAUACUUAUGUGGAGCGGGGUCUGUACUAUACGGCAUCGGGGGUUGAUAUUAGAGCAGGUUAUUCAUUGAAUAUAAAUAUGAAAGAUAUAUCCAAGGCAGAUAAAAUUUUGCUAGUUGGUACAAACCCUCGAUUUGAAGCACCAGUAUUGAACGCUUGGAUACGUCAAGCCUAUUUAGGCAACGAUUGCGAUAUUUACGUGAUUGGACCUAAAUGUGAAUUUAAUUACUAUGUUAACUAUUUAGGCAAUGAUAUACAGGCUUUAGCAAUGGUUCAUGAUGUUCUAUGUGGUGCUAAAAGACCCCUUAUUUUUGUUGGUGUUUCUCAAUUGGAGACUUCACUAGGUGGGCAAAUUAUGUCAAUCUUAUCAAGAGUGGCAUCAUCUCUUAGUUGUAGUGAUUGGGCAGUUUUACAUGUGUUAACGCGAGAGGCUAGUUUCGCGGGAGCCUUGGAAGCAGGAUGGAAACCAGGAGCAUUAGCGGCCUUACAACAAUGUAAUCCAGCUGUAUUGAUAUCACUAGGCGCGGAUGAAAUAUUUUAUGAUUGGUGUCCGCCUCCAACAUGUAAUCUCAUAUACAUAGGGUUUCAAGGAGACCGUGGUGCUGAAUAUGCGACUGUUAUAUUGCCAGGAAGUGCUUACACCGAAGCUGGUGGUAUAUAUUUGAACAUGGAGUGCCGAUCUCAAUAUGCCAUGCCAGCCGUUACUCCACCAGGAGAUGCGCGCCGCGACUGGAAAAUAGUUCGAGUACUCGCUGAGUAUGCUGGAAUUAAACUUCUGUAUAAUGACCAAGAAUCCUUGAAUUCAAGACUUGGGCAGAUUAGUCCUAAUUUUAUCUGCCUGGGGAAUUAUCAACCAAAACUGUUUGCCGAAUUAAUUGUUGACUUGCUACAUCCUGGAUGUUGCCCUGGAGGAUCCAUGGACGUGGAUAUGAAGAGACUGUGCGAGUAUUACUGCUCUGAUGUUUUUACCUAUAAUUCUAAAACUAUGAUUAAAGCGCAAAAGGCUGCUGGAGAACUCUUGUCGUCGGACUACGGCAUUAUUUAGUUACAUUAUUUAGUGUUGUUUAUUAUUUUGUAGCCAUAUUAUUUAACCGCCAUUUUAAUUAGUCUUUAUU